UAUAGAUCACGUCUUCAUAGAAAACACUUACAUAUAUAGCAUUGUCAGGCCUAUAUAUUCAGCUUAUUAUAUUGCUGACAUCACCUUGCAGUACAAACGUAAUGCUUAACAAACUCUGUAUUUUUCUUGUCUGCGCGUCUGUUGCAGCAGAAGACGUGGGUUACUUCUGGCAUGUCACCGACUUUCAUUGGGAUUUUUCAUACUGGACUGACCAGUUGUCUUGUAAUGGAAUGAAUAUAAGUCAACCUGGAUUAUUUGGCAACCAAUGGUGUGACUCGCCAUGGCGACUUGUGCAGGAAACAAUCAGUGGUAUAAAACACAUCAAAGGCGAUGUUGAUUUUAUGCUUUGGACUGGGGACACUGUGCCACAUGUUGACAACACACAUUUAAGUAUUGCCCUCAAUGAAGAACUGGUACGAAACGUCACUGAGCUGAUGAAAAACGAAUUCCCUAACACUCCAAUAUACGCAACAUUUGGAAACCACGAUUACUAUCCAAAUAACAUGUACCCACCACAUGGAAACGAGAUUUAUAACGAUAAUUACAACUUAUGGAAAGUAUGGAUCAAUGAUACAUCGCAAGACAAGAAUUUUCUAAAAGGUGGAUACUACACUGUAUUGGCACGACCUGGACUGCGAAUCGUUGCGCUUAACACCAACAUGUACUACACUCAUGACACCGUUUCCAUGGGAAUCGACGAUCCGGCAGAUCAACUUUUGUGGUUAGAGAAUGUCCUCGAGAAUGCUGAAAAGCAAAACGAAAAGGUAAUACUCACGGGCCAUGUGCCUCCUGGAAUAUCAGCUCCUCGUGGUGUACGUUGGAUGUAUGAAAGUUUUAAUAAGAAAAUGAACGGUAUUGUUGUUCGUCAUGCAGACGUGAUUGUUGCCAUGCAUUUUGGACACGAACACCAUGACAAUUUUAGAAUCUACUACGGUGCCACAGGUCCAGCUAAAGUUUGUCUGUUUAUUGCACCUUCUGUUACACCUUGGAGAUUCCAAAUUUUAUCACUGAAGGAGACACCACAUAAUCCAGGAGUACGUUUGAUUAAAUAUGACAGGCAAACGGGCAAACAAUUAGACAUAUACCAGUACUACAUGGACCUGAAUGCGGCAAACACGAUCGGAUACGUGAACUGGACUUUGGGUUAUCAGGCGACAGUUUUUUAUAACAUCCCCGAUAUAACUGCCCCUUCGAUGGAAGCUCUUGCUACGAAAAUGCGAAAUGCUAACAGUCAGGAGUUUAGAUCAUAUGUAAACUGGUACAAUACAAACGGUGCUAAGGAUUUUUCUUGUGACGCCAGGUGUCAUAAAAGUGUCAUGUGCGGCCUCGGAAAUCUAGAGCUCAGUACGUACAGCGCAUGCUUGAAAUCACAAAAUGUGUUUAACUGCUCGCCAGGAAAUUGUCCAAUUGUAGGAUAGGCAAUGGUUAAACUUAUGUGUAAUCUUAUCUGCAAAAGUAUGCAAUAAACAUUACAUGAUCUGUA